UUGCCGCCGCUGCACCGCGGGCGUGGCCGGCACCGAGCAGGCGGGGCCGUGGCGGCCGCACCGCGCCUGCGCCGGCGGAAGAGCGGCUGCUUCCUGCGCGGGCGGCCGCAGCCUUCCCAUCCCGGCAUGGCCGGAGGGUUCCUGCUGGAGAUCAGGCGGAGGACGCAGAGCGCGUUGCUGGUUAUCCGCGGGGCGGACCUCCCCAGCGCGCCGGUGGAUGUCACGGUGGCCGCGGACCGGCUGGAAGUGAGCAGCGGCGGGAGCUGCGAGGCGGCGGCGCUACCGGCAGGGGUCAGGCUGGCCCCGUCCUCCUGCCGCGGCCUGCGCCACCUCCCGGGCGACGGCCUCCACCUGCGCAUGCGCCUCAGCCGCCCGCCGCCGAGCGCCGAUUCAGUUUUCACUUUGAGGGAAAGUCUGAAACCCCAGAGGAAUUAUGUUUUUUACUGUCAAUCCUGUGGUGACAUCAUAGUAAAAGACCGGAAAUUUCUGAGAGUUCUUCCUCUGCCAAGUGAAAACUGGAGUGCUUUAGUUGAAGAGUGGUGUUGUCACCCUAACCCUUUUGCCAGAAGCACUUUGCACCCUCAGCAUGCUGACUGUUUUCUUGGAGAUACAUUUUUUUUGUUGAAUUCAGGAAAUGAAUCGCAUGUGCCUGAAUCUCCUGUGUGCUGCUCAGAGGCUGGGCAUCAUGCUUCUGAGAGUGGCUCCAACUUGAAAUCAAAGGAAAAUACCAGAGUAAUUUGUAAGCGCUGCAAGACAAUGCUGGGAGAGACAGUAUCAGCAGAUACCAUUAAAUACUAUGUCACUGAAGUGAUCAUUCAGCCAUCUGAGGGGAGUUUCACCACAACACCAAGGUCUCAAUUUGUGCAGAGCAUGGUUGCUCAGUGUCUUGUGGAACUGUCCUCUGCUAAAAGCACAUUUAGAUUCACCAUAGAAGGGGAUGAUGGAAAAAUCUAUAUUCUGAUAUGGCUUUUAAAUUCUGACACAUUGCUGGUGGAGUCAGCAGGAAGUUCCUCUUCCCACAGUGUUUUUACACUAUUUGGAGAUAUUUCCAUGCCUAGCUCUGGACCAGUGGGGACCUGGAAUGCUGUCAAAGUCCUUUACCAGCCGUGCAUUAAAAGCAGGAAUAAGGACCUUGCUGAUACGUGGGAAAAUGACAUUGGAGUUCACCCUUUAAAGUUUCCAUCGGAAACGUGUUUGGAAUUACUGCUGAUACUGGCUUUGAGUACCACCUCUCUGCCACCUUCACUUCGAUGCAUGAACUCUUUUCAGGUUGCCUUUUUGAAGAUGUGAAGAACUCAGAUUCCUGUGUGACAAAUGAUCCUCAAAUUCAUUUUCAGCAGAAAUGUACAGACAACUUCCAAUGGUUUCACUUCUAGAAAAAAAAUCCACUACCUAUACAAAACAAAAUGGGGAUGUGGUGUGUUAAUUGGAUAUGUUUCAAAACCAAAGACAGAGAGUUAACUUUUGCAUCUAGUAAAUUCUUAGACAUCAUUCUAAGAGUGACUUACCUGUCAGUCCUGUCAGAUCCAGCUGGGAUGACUGUUAUUGUCUCUUCAUCACCAAAAAGAAAAUACCUAUGUAUCUUAGUACUACCUUUAUCAGGCAGGGUUUGAAAAUGACCUAUGUGUCCUUAGGAAAAUUCACCACUGGUAGCAAAAAGAGGUUUUAAAAGACUUAGUGUUAUGGAUACUAAGGCAAGUUCUUUACUUUCUUUGUUCUGGUAAAGUUAGAGGUCCAGCUUUAAAAUAUAAAAUCUGUUUAUUGUCUAACUUUUAUGUUUAUCAUGUAUGUUGUUUCCAUAUUAAGGUUUACCUUCCCUCUUGGGAGAGAAGGAAGACAGCUUCUGUAUUCCUACACCUCAUGGAGUUUUUUAAAAAAAUUAUAAUAUUUUGGAAAAUUAAGGUUUCACGGUUACUUGGAAUAAUUAUUCCUUCAAAUUCAAAUAAAAACCAUGUAUGUGAAGGCUGGCCUUGCAGAAACAGCUGGGAGUGAAAGAUGCUUGUAGCAAAUUAAUACAGCUACUCUAAAUUGUCGUUCUCAGUUGUGGAUGCUCAGCUGCCUUCCAUGGGAGUGAUGGUGCAUUUCUGUGGAACACAGAAGCUGUCAGCACUUUUAGUUUCAGAGUGGAUUGCUCACUUAGUUGACAGCAAAUUUUGCCUUCCCUUGUUCAAGGGAACAGUAUGGUAUAAGUGCAUAGGCUAAGGAACAGAAAAGAUGCCUCCUGUCGUUUUUGCCACAAUUCUUGCUCAUUGGGAUGGACUACUCUUGAGCUAAGAAGGAGGUGAUCCCUUCAUAUCAGCCAUCUCUCUUGGACCCCUCAUCCCUCCAGGGUCUUGUCCCGUAUCUGCCUAGCUUAUCUGCAGUUUUCCUUAAACAAAUCAGAGUCAGGCACUGGAAUGGUUGAUCUGACCUAGUGCGACAAUUCUUGUGUUCUCAAAAUGUAUACAAAAGGUUAAAAAAAAAUAAAAAUAGAGCUUGUUUGUGUAGGCUGGCUUUUUCAACGUCCAUAUUUAAACUCUUAAAAUAAAAAAAUGCUACCUGUAUUGGUUUUGCAUGGCAAGGUUUUGGUUGCAGGGGUGCUGCAGAAGUGUCUUCUAUGAAGAAGCUGCUAGAAGCUCUCACUAUGUCUGAUGGAGCCAGGCGGCUCCAAGGCAGACCCACUGCUGGCCAAGGCUGAGCCCUUCGGUGAUGGUGGUAGCACCUCUGGGAUAACAUAUUUAAGAGGGGGAAAGAAUAAGCUGCACAACAGCAAUUGCAGCCGGAGACAGGAGUGAGAAUAUGUGAGAGAAACAACUCUGCAGACACCAAGGUCAGUGCAGAAGGAGGGCAGGAGCUGCUCCAGGCACCAGAGCAGAGAAUCCCCGGCAGCCCAUGGUGAGGCCGGCUGUCCCCCUGCAGCCCAUAGAGGUCCUUGGUGGAGCAGAUACCCACUGCAGCCCCAGGAGGACCCCAUGCUGGAGCAGGGGGAUACUUGAAGGAGACUGCGACCCUGUGGGAGGCCCAGGCUGGAGCAGGUUUUGUGACAGGUCUUGUGACCCCAUAGGGGACCCAGCCUGGAGCAGUCUGUUCCUGAAGGACUGCAAGCAUGGAAGGAACCCACACUGGAGCAAUUCAUGAAGAACUGCAGCCUGUGGGAAGGACUCACAUUGGAGAAGUUCAUGGAGGACUGUCUAUCGUGGGAGAGACCCCGUGCUGGAGCAGGGAAGAGUGUGAGGAGUCCAUCUCUGAGAAAGGAGCAGCAGAGACAAUGUGUGAUGAACUGACCACAAGCCUCAUUCCCUGUCCCCCUGUGCUGCUCAGGGGGAGGAGGGAGAGAAAUUGGGAGAGUGAAAUUGGGCCUGGGACAAAGAUAGAGGUGGGAGAAAGUGUUUUAAGAUUUGGUUUUCUUUCUCAUUAUCCUCCUCAGAUUUGUUUGGUAAUAAAUUAAACUAAUUUCCCCAAGUCAAGUCUGUUUUGCCUGUGGUGGUAAUUGCUGAGUGAUCUCCCUGUCCUUAUCCCAAUCCAUAAGCCUUUAGUUGGAUUUUCUGUCCCCUGUCCAGCUGAGGGGAGUGAGAGAGCGGCUUUGGUGGAAACCUGCCAUCCAGCUGGGGUCACCCUGCCACUCUACCUUUUAGGAAAACAGAUGUAUUUUGGGAGAAUCUAUUCUGGAGGGAAUAUUAUUCUUAGAAGAGUUCUUUGAAAAUUCCUCAAUAUCAAGGAAAGUUAACAUGCUCUUUACCCAUUUGAUGAUUAAAUGAUGAUAACAUGAGAAGUGACCCUGCAAAGUGUUGAACACCUUCUCUGGGUUUUACACAUCCAAAACCAGGUAGCUGAGGCUUCCCAGCACCCAGUCUGGAUAUCAUCUUAUUUUUCAGUUAUUAUUUUAACUUUCAGUAUUCAAGGAAGAACAAAAAUUUUCUGAGUUUUGUAUUCAGGGACUAAAUUAUCUAGCUCUGGGAUAUUUUGUAUAUGCACCAAUGUUUAGUCAUUUUAUGAAUAAAAUAUAUUUUCUAAAUCA